AUGGGCGAUAACAACGAUAACGAGGAAUUUUACGACGCAUUAGAUGACGCGGACACCGUUCAUGUAGAUUCGCGUAAGAUAAUAACUAAAACGGACACCAGCACUGAGGUGCUCAUGAAACCGCUUCCGUGUGCGACGGAAAAGUGCGACGUUGGCUUAGAUGCUCCGAUCGUAUCAUCGUUUUCUUCGUCGACGAACGAGUCACACAAUGUCGAGGAAUCGAUUGUGAUUCGCCGCCGGAAGUUGGACGAGCUGCGCAUACAGUUGCAGCAAGAUCUGAACGGACACAACGAAUUAUUCAACUCGUCAGAGAGUGACCUUUCAUCGCUCGCCUCUUGGAGCAAGCUGCUGUUGUCAAACACGGGACCGUCGAGAGAAGCACCACUGGCGGCGACAUAUAUGGUGACGGUGUUUCCGUUGGACAGUGUCAGCACCCGAGGCGGUGAAGUCGCAUCCGAGACGGCGGCGAAGUGUAUUGUCACUGUCAAAGCUAGCGAAGCCGAAAAUUUGAUAGUCGCCAAAGACGGUUCUUCGAAAGUUUCUGGCCCUAGCACGGGCAGUUCAAAGGCAAGUACUCUGGAGCGUUUCGAAACCGCCGAAAGUCAUUCCAGUUCACUGGAGAAGGACCUUCGUCUUAGCCGUUCGUCGCUGUGUGCGAAAACCGGUUCGUUGACUCGGGAUUUCACCGGCGAUCAGUUGCUGAUGGACGAGGCUCAUCUGGCGUACAUCGAACGCAAGAAUUCAGAGGCUAUACAAGUAAUCGAGGCACUGACAAACGAGAUCGUGAGAAGCACAGAACUUAGCAAGUCUAAAGACGAAGAGGCUGAAGCAGUCGCCCCCGGCGUCGCUUUGCGGGAACCCGACAUCGUCGCCAGUAACCGAAUAAAAUUGAUCGACAGCUUGCAACAGGGCUCGAACCCGGUGAGACCUCCUCGCAAGAAAAAGGUUCAGCAGCUGACCUCCGAUCGCCAUAGCAAGACUGCAACAGCGGAGGCACCUGACGCUGUCUCAUCACCGCGAAACUCUCUAGGUUUAGAUGAAACUGUUCUCGACACUGUGAUGGUGAAAAACCUCGAUACCGGCGAACAGAUACCUCUCAGCUUGGCGGAGGAAAAAAUUCCCCGUGGCAUUAACCCCCUGUGUUUGCAUAUAAUGCGUCUUACGAACGACUUUUCAUCGAAUCAAAAAUGUCGGGAAUCUGAUAGCGAGUCAAUGGCAAGCGAUGAUGUAGGCAGUGUGCAGAAGCUUGGCUUCAAGGAUAGUUACCUACACCAGGCUAAGGAAAAAACGUACGUGCUUAUUGCGACUAAUCGAAGGCUGUGUUUCUAG